GGAAGCACCCAAAUUGGCAGCAAGGUGGGGUUGUUGGGAUGGCUAACCCUUCAUUUGAAUGCAAAUGUUGCUUGAGAGCAGCCAGUUAUCUGUGACAUCAGGCAGAACCUUAGUAAACUGUUGGCCCAGCACCUGGUAAUACUAUUGUUAAUCAUGUGUAGUAAAGAGACCUCAGGGCUAGCAUGAGUCAUUCAUAGAGCCAGUUGGGGCUAGAAAAAGAGAGUGAGAGAAAGAGGAGGGGGUGUGACAUCAAAGGAGUAGAAGCAGGAUGCCUUGGCAGGACAAAGCUAGGGUAUGAGCAUCAUGUAUGUGAGUUAUCUUUUGGAAAAAGAAGGCAGCAUGUAUCCAGGAUCCGUAAGGUGCAACAGCAGCAGCAGCAGCAACAACAACAACAACAACCUGCCGGCACAAAACUUUGCCUCCACAACACCCUACGCAGAUUACAUGGGAUACCAUCCAAUGCAAAAUAUGGACCACCGUGGACAACCUUCAGGGGCUUGGGGAGCACAUUAUGGCCUGCAAAGGGAAGACUGGAAUGCUUAUGGCCCAGCACCUUCCAACACUGUGACCGCUACGCAAAUGAAUGGAUCAUCUCCCGGGCAGGUUUCCUAUAGUUCUGCUGAUUACAACUCCUUGAAUCCCGCUGGAUCGGGGGCUUUACCUUCUGUAAAUACAAUCAAUACAGAGCAAAUCUCUCCCCACAGUCAAAGACACAGCUCUUACGAAUGGAUGAGGAAAACAGUCCAAUCCACUUCAACAGAACAAUUCAAAUCCAGAGCUGCAACCUGGAAACAGGAGAGUCAAGGUAAAACAAGAACAAGAGAGAAGUACCGUGUAGUUUACACGGAUCAUCAGCGAUUAGAACUAGAGAAGGAAUUUCAUUACAAUAGAUAUAUUACAAUCAGGAGAAAGUCUGAACUUGCUGCAAACCUGAGACUUUCAGAGAGACAGGUAAAAAUCUGGUUCCAGAACCGAAGAGCCAAAGAAAGAAAAUUAAUGAAGAAGAAAAUGACAAGUUUUGAUGGCAGCAGCCUCAGUUCCAUCCAGAGUGACUCUGGUUCCAUGAGUCCCAUCCCAAUGCCUGACCCACAGACGCAUUCAGAAAUGACUGGUACUUUAUUCCCACCACCUCCACCACCUGCUCCUCUUCCAAUGAGUGGCUUACAGCACAAUGGAAAUCUCCAGCAAGUUGUGGCAUCUCAGUAAGGUCAUUGCGUUAAAGGAAGAACAUGAUAAAGCAUGGGUACAUGGAGCACUACAGUUCACAACAGGAACGCCAAAGCUGUUUGCAAGAGACCCAACUCCCCAGCCCCAGCAUCACAACAGCCAUUUGUAAAAUACUGAGAACUUCACAUCACAUCAAGGCCUGGGAGAAACAGCAAAACAUCCUUUGGCAAGGUCACUUGUGAUAUGGCAAAAGCUCUUUGGGAACCUUGUGUUCUUGACUGCAAAGGCGGUCUGGAAAUAGGGGCAGAGAGAAAGGGGGUUAUGGCCGGAAAAACUUUUUUGGAAUAAAUGCCCCAAAUCUGCAGCCCCAUACUUUGCUUGAUUUGAGACUGAAUAAUUUUUACACAGAGCAAUUCCAGUAAUUUGUUCUUUCAAGAAUGUUUUUAUUCUGUUCUCUUAACAGGGUGGAGUUAAUGACAAUUACAAGGAAACGAAGGGUUACACUGAGUCAGUGUAGCUUGUUGUCAGGACUGGGCAUAUGCUGUGUUUCUGCAGAAGUACAGGAAACGUAGACAGUGCAGUAUUAGGCACAAAAUUCAGCUUCCUAAGAACAACUUUCAUUUUAAACAGAAGUUCCUAGUCCUUAUGGCUAAAAAGUUAUGCCUGAAGGUGCACAGGCAAUGCCUGAUAAAAUUUCAGAACCUAGACACAUAGCUAAGAAAGAUUUCCAGUGCUUGAGGGCAAACUCCUUGUUCCUUGUCAUGACCAGCAAUAAAUUUUGCAAAAUAAGGACACUGUGCAAAAUUGCUGAGUUUGCACAAUGGCUUGUCCAAGUGCAGAUGUUGUUUUUUAGUGUGGAGGUUACACACCAGCCAACUUUUUGCUGAUUGGAUGUUUCCAGUGUAAAAUUUCCGGAUGUUUGAAUCCAUGGGGAAAUUGCGGGGGGGGGGGGUCGGUUUGCCAUUAAAUUAUUGUGUUUGGUAUAUUAAAAGUUAAUAAUUUGGGGGUUAAUAAUUGCAAAUCGAAUUUACUUCUUAAUAUAUUUUUUUAAAAAAAUUACAAAUGGAGCUACAACUGCUGAACUGUAAUCAACCUAGCAUUCCCCCCCCCCAUUUUUCCAGUUUAUAAGGAAAAGGUGGAACCUCCCCACUCCCAGGAACAGGAGAAGCUGCCAACAUUAUAGUAAAAGAAAAUGUUUGUGUAAUCUGAAAAUUAUUCAAGUAAGUCCUAUUCAGAGUAGACCCACUGAAAGUAAUGUAGCUAAGUUAGUAUUGGGUGUACCGUGAGCAGGGUUAGCACUGAUUACCACCCUGUGUUUCCUACAGUCCUCCACAAUGUGAAGCAGACAUAAAGCAUUCAUAUCCAUAAACAGAACUGUGACAAAGCAAAGAGGGAUAUUACAUGAAUUUUAAUCAACCUCUUUUUCUGAGCCACCACAAUCAGUUUCUGUUUCUUCAUAUUUGUCAUUGUAUUUAUCAUGGACUUCUAAAAGCUGAAGGUUUGCCCAGGUUGAAAGAACCUUAUCUAUCCUUUCACAUGUCGUGGGGAGGGGAAAGGCUUGGAUGGGGCAGGUAGAAGAAACAAAACUGUUUUAUUUUUUUUCCUGGGUCUUCACAUCUCCAACCUGAAGCCAUGAAAUAAGUUUGAUGGCACAUCACCAGCUUCUGUUCCAUUCCCUUGUUUAAUUCAAGAUUCCUGUGGUUUUAAUUUUGUACUUAUUUCAUAUCUGCACGGGAGCUUAUGAUUUCAUGUCUUGAUAUUCUCAACUAAAUGACAUCAGGGUUGCUCUGGACACCAGAAUUAAUAGAGAAGGGGAGGUACUCUUCAAGUUCUGAUUUUUAAAUUAUUGAUUAACUAAAAUCUACUUCUAAAAUUCAGUUGAACAGGAGAGACUCUUGUGCAAAAAGGGGUUGCACAUACCUAGUUAUAUGCACCUAGAUGCAGCAGCUGCCAAAAGGAGGUAAGGAUGUGUAUUUCCAAUGGAACCUUAAGACAAAUGAGAAGCCACAUUUCCAUCCAUACUUUGCAGUACUAAAUGUGAUACUCAUCUGCACCUAAUCUGCACCCACAAAAGCUGAGUUCAGAUUAUCAGUUUUAAACUAUGGUUUAGAUCAGGGAUGAGGAACCUGUGGUUUUCAGAUGUUGCAGGGUUGCAUCAUUCAUCAUCCCUGACCAUUGACCAUGCUGGCUGGGACUCAUGGGAGCUGGAUUC